CACAACUCGUUUGCGCUGUCGCAUGUCCCCAACGGAACUAAAAGAAAAUUAGCAACAAAAAAAAAUUAAAAGGAAAAUAAACCAUAAAAUUUAAUCACAAGCUGCGCAAAACUUCGUCGUGUGCAUAAUUCGUUUCGUAUUUUGUGAUUCGUGUCCGGGUUCGCAGCUUGACCCCGGCUUUGGAUUAAAGCUUCGGCUGUCGCUUCGGCUCUGGAUCGUGCCAAAUCAUCAAAUUAUAAUUAAUGUGCGCAACGAUAAUUGCUACAACAAAUUGUUCGUAAUAAACUGAAAUAGUGAACAAUAUGCAUCAACUGCUCAAAUAAUUAGUAAACGUCUAGAAUCAUUUGGUAAAAUCCAUUAAAAUAAAUUAAAAGUGCAACAAGCGGAAAAAGAAAGCAAAACGGCAACAAUUAGUGAACACAGCUGCAAUUCUAUGAGUUUUGUAAGCAAAAGGACUACGAACAUUGAGUUUCUAUUGCUGCCAAACAGAUAACAAUUUAAUCGCGGAUAAAUAAAGUGUAGUUAAUUAAGUAACUAAAACACCAGGUGUCCAGUUUACACAAGUGAACCGAAUUAACCCAACUCAACCGGAAAUGGCCAAGUACUUCAUGACCUUGGCUCUGCUCCUGUGCCUGGCACUCGAGAACAACAACAUCUAUGCCCGCUCACAUGCCAGCUCCCAGGAGUCGCUCAGCCUGCCCCUGGUGCGCACUCAUCCGCAUCCCAGACACCAGCCGCAUCAGCAUGUGCAACACACGUCGCAGCAGCUGCAGCAGCAUCACACUCGCCAGCAGCGGGAUCGUCAGCCGAAACAUGUUGCCCCAGAUCCCACCAGCGAGGAGGAGGAACCGACGGCCAAUCAGCAGCGGAAGCUAUUCCACUACUAUCAACGUCUGAGGCGUCAUCUGCGUCACCAGCGGGAGCACCGAUUGCAGCAAGAGCGCAGCUAUCAUCGUGUGUCGGAUGAGGAGCUCAAGAACAGUCCCAAGCUGUGGCAGUUGCUCAGUCACGGCUACAACUACGACGAACCCGAUGAGCAAAGCGAUUACCUGGACUCGACACAAAUGUUUGCUGAUGCUCCAGCGCUGGAGGAUGCACUGCUGUUCAACGCUGAGGAUGAGCCAGAGGAUUAUGUCAAAAACGAGCUGGCUUCAAGUCUGGUUGAGCCUGCGCCACCAGAGCUCAUUCUCCCAAUUGAAGUUGCACUUGAAAGCGCUGCAAACACAACGAAGAAAGCAAGCGGCGGUUGCCCGAAAUGUGAGAGCAAUCGCCAAGUGGAACACAUCACAGAGGAGGAACUGCGGCGCCUGCGCAUCGAGUUCGUCAAGCAGCAGAUACUCGAGAAGCUGCGCCUCAAGGAGAGCCCCAAUGUCUCGGCCUCAGAGCUGCCACGCCCCAUCUUCGAGGGCGUAACGCUCACUCAGUCGGAUGAGGCGAACAAGAAUAAAGAUUAUGAUGAUUACUAUGCGCGCACCAAUCAGAAGUUCAUACUCUUGCAGCGAGAGGAGAUCGAGUGCAGUCGCCUGGGCGUGCAUCCAUCCAUGUGCUUCAGCUUCAAGAUCGAUGACGUGGAUGCCGAUGGCUUCGAUGUGAGCAACGCCGUCUUGUGGCUCUACAAGAACAAGCAGAACUACACCAAGGCCAGCAACGAGAGCCAAUCGAAUGGGCCACAGAAAAAGCACACGCUGGUCGUCUCCGAGGUGGAGCAGCAGCUGGACUCCGAGUAUCUGCCGCUGGCCAAGGCGAUAGCCAUACAAUCGGUGGAUGAUCAGGAUGAAUGGAUGCAAAUCAAUAUCGACUGGCCCAUUAAGAGAUGGUACGGCAGCCAUGAGCUCAGUCAUCUUAUACAGAUCACCUGCGAAUCGUGCGAUAUUAGCAGCAUGGAGCAGAUCAUCUCGGUGAACAAGAACUACAGACCCUUCAUCAUGAUCGACACGCAGAAUCGUCCGAGUAAAUCGCGCCAGAAGCGCAAUAUCAAUUGCUCCAGCGGUGUGACCGAAUGUUGUCGUGAGAAGCUCAACAUUUCGUUUGCAGACAUUGGCUGGGACAACUGGAUCCUGCAUCCCAGUGGCUACGAAGCGUAUUUCUGUCGUGGCUCCUGCAGCUCCGUGGCGAGUGUCGCCCAGGCUUCGUCACAUCACAGCUCUUUGCUGAAAAUCCUUUCAUCAAAUGGUACACGCAAGCCGUUGGAUCUGAUUCCCUGCUGUACCGCCAAACAGUAUUCCUCGCUGCAGUUGGUCGUCCUUGAUUCGAACCAGGUGGCGACAACCAAAACUCUGCCCAACAUGAUCGUCGAAUCGUGCGGCUGCAGAUAGUUGGGAAUCUUAUGGCCAAGGGCCAAGGCUAUAGAACACACGCAGAAAAAUGCAAUUAGUUAUACAAAUCGAAAUACAUCUACCUAAGUUGUGUGGGGACCCGGAAAACCACAUCGCGUUAUCCCUCUCUCAAUAACCAUAAAUCGGACAAAUUAGAUCUUUAGUGCGCAUUUCCACUUCCAUUUCCAUUUCCAUGAGCAUCUCACAUUAUUUCCGUUUAUUUAAUUGCAUUCAUCAUCUUCAUGUCACUGCACUUAUUUAAGCUAACGGUAUUUAAAUUACUUACUUAUCUUAAUUACGCUGCCAUUAGUCGUAGUCUCGUUGCCAUUAGCUUAUUUAGUUAAAGCUAAAGUGAAUGUACUUAAGCACUCGCAAUCACACUCGCAUUCGCAUUCGCACUCGAACCAUGGAUACUCUAAUUCACAUAAGUAGCUAGCCAAUAAUUGCGUUAUCCACACAUUAAUUAGUUAAUUAAACAUUUAAUUAUACGUGCACUCUAGCUUAGUUUUGUUUUAUGUAAUGUUUCCUCGCAUCUAAGUAGUUUCAUAAAUUAUUGAAAAGAGAAAUAACAAAAUGCUAAAAUAAAAUAUAAUUUCUAAAUAAAUUUUGAGUUUGAAAUAAAUUAAUUUAGUAAGAUAUUGAUUUAAAUA